AAUAAACUGGUCUCAGGGAAACAUUGCAAAAUCACUCGAGAUGAGAACUCAGGACAGGUGUGGCUGCAGGACAUGAGCACCAAUGGAACAGUGAUCAACAUUUCCAAAGUGGUGAAGAAACAGACACACUUACUGCAGAAUGGUGAUGUCAUUCACUUUGUGUACAGGAAGCAUGAGCCAGAGGAAAACAUUGCUUAUGUUUAUCAGGCCAUCGGGCCACAGGAAAGUGCCUCGCAGGACACCGAAGUUUCUGAAAGUUAUGGUGCGUUCACACCAGACGCGAAUGAAGCGUUAAACGUGAGUGAUUUACAUUUUAAGUCCAUGCAAAGACACGAUAGAAAUGUUUCUUCUGAUGGAAGGGAGUCUGGGUGCCCUCUGCCAGAACCUGCUUCUGCUGCUGUACCCACAGGUGUGUACAGCCAAUAAUGACCAUGUUCACACGCAUAUGACAUUUACAGUAAGCACUCGUGAAUAAGCCAUGUGAAUAAGUUUAAUCCUUUUUUCUUUUAUCGUUUCAUUGCACAAAAUGUGUUCUCCUUUGAUACAGUGCAACCAAGAAGAAGAGCACAGAAAAGGCCUAUGGAGCGGUCAUCGGAGGUGAAGGGUCAGCUCCUAGAAGUUCCCCAGACCCGUCCUGUAGCUCCAGCGCCGCCUCCACGCUCCGAGGAUGAGCUCUUCCUCUUGAGUCUGGCCCCUUCCCUGCAGAGUUUGCCACCUCAGACAAAAGAAUUCGUCAAAUUUCAAAUACACAAAUUAAUCUAUGAAAGCAGCUCAGCUCUGCUUAAUUUGGAACAAUUGGAGCUUAAACAGUAGUUUUAAAAAAGAGGCAGCAAUCUCUGCAGGGAAUGAACCAGACUUUCUCUC